UAUCUCAGGUAAGUCUCUGUCAUUUGCAUAUGUCAACUCGUCUUACGAGUCGCCUAAUGUCUACAAACUGACGUAGAAUUGAUCAACUUCUCAAUAAGUCGUCAAAUGUCAAGGAACAUAAGGAUCGGACGUUAACGCGUGUGAGAUUGAACGUCAUGGCCGGAGGACGAACCUGUCUUUGAGGCGACCUGGCGAGUUGCAGCUCCCGUGAUCCAAAGACUCUGCAGCCUCAUCGCCAUGUCUGACAGCAGCUGCAGCAAUAUGAAGGAGAGUUCUAGGUCUGGAAGCGGCCAGCAGAGUCCUGGCCAGUGUCAUAGCCAGGAGGAAUAUGAGGAGCGCUCUGUGGACCCCCCUCUGGAACUUUUAACAAUCCACAAAACCGGCAGACAGGAUGGGAAUGAUAUAGAAUGUGAAACCACUGGAUUCAUUGUGAAAUCAGCAGAUCCUCAGACUUGCAAUCUCUGUUCUUCGCCCCAGAGCUGCAGGAUCUUUAUGUGUCGAGUGUUAACCUGCGGUCUUUACAGAUUCUGCCCCCACCUUGCCUGUUUCACAGCAAACACCAAACCCGCUAUUGAGCCUGAAAAGCAGAGUCUCCAUGGGAACAUUGCAGACCACAAAGAAGAAGACAGUCCUGACUGGCUGAGUGAUGUUUGCAUUGCAGGUGUCAAAGUGGAGGCUCCUCAAGAGUAUUUAAACCUAGAGGACAGUUUUUCAUCUAUAGCUGUCAGACAGUCCAACCAUGUGUCUCUGCAAGACUUGAUGGUGUCAUAUGGCUCGGACGAGAGCGAGGAGAAUGUGGAUGCUUUGAUUACCAGGAAGCUGUUGGAACUCUUCUCCGAGUAUCAAAUUGAUGAACUGGCUCGGUGCACUUCAGACUCAGUGUUCCGGAAGAAGAGCAAAGAAAUCAAUCAACUCAUUAGCUCUUUGGCUGAAGAGCACAAGAUGCAUGAGCAGGAGGCGGAGUGUCGACUGGUACGGGAGAUUAUACGUAUCAGCACUCGUAGGAUCAAGACCAGGCGGCCGGCCUCCCGCCCAGAACUGACCCUUUCUGACAGUGGGAACGAGACCAUGAAGGAUAGCAGCUACGUUUCUGUCACCAACAACAAUGACAGUAAAUCAGAUCCGCAUAUUGAGAUCUCUGAGCAGACCACCUCCGACAAGUUUGCCAGGGAGAUUUGGAGAAACAAUAGAGGUAGUCUCCAUGGUUCUCCUUCAGACUUUCCCACUCCUCACACAGAAACUCGUUCUUCAGGUUUGCAAAUGAUUUGCACUUCUGUCACUACUUGAUCUUCACCAAGCACCAAUUUAGGAGGGUAAUGGUCUCACAACUUUGAAGGGAGACUCAGGACUUCGUGCCUUUGAUUGAAAUUCUUUGUGAAGUUGUGUCUCGUGUAUUACAGUGUCGCAGGAAAUCCCCUCAUUGGAAGUAGAAUUAAGUUUUUAUUUGGGAAAUAUGCUUUAUUUCCAGGAUAUUUUUAUUGUCAGAGAGAUCAAGCUUGAAGACUGCCUGAGAUGACCUCAACCCUGUUGUUCUCUUUUGUCCUUCUAAUGUUUGUCAUUUACACUGAUUUACCAUAUCAAUGUGUCUUAGUUUUUGAGAGAGUUUCAUUUUGUGUUUCUAAUUAUGGAGGAAAGACUAUUGCACUGUCUUCAAGACAAUUGAUUUCUCUACUUGUACGUCAUUCAUACAUUGCACGCGAUCUUUAGGUGGAUUACUUGUGAGAGUGAAAAGGCUCUUAUAUAGUUGUGAAUGUGCUUUCUUGUGCCUGUGGUAGUCCUGAGUCACAUUGGACACAAAACAUUGGCUUUGAUUGUCAAUCAAACAAUGGAUGCAUAUGGACUGUCUCUAUGUGAUUUGACCAAUAAAGUGCUUGAACAGUCUGUGUGUGCUCGUACUGCAUGUCAACAGUGGCAUGGGCUUUUUGCCACGAUGUCUGAAAACACAGCGUGCUGUGCAGAGGUGGCAGAGGGGAA